GAGCGGUCAUCAACGGGGUCUGAAGAAUUUAUAACAGACUGUUGACGCCUUCUUUCGGAGUUUGUAAUGCAAUGUAAUGACAGGUUGAAGGGCCGACGAAUAGAACCUGUCCAAUGGACGCUGGGGUCGUUCCCACCGUUGUUUUCACGUUUCGUCCCCUUCUCAUCGCCCGGACGACGUCGAGGCCGUUGAGGGCAUUGACUCUAUCACUCUCUGUACAUUAUCACAAUGGCGCCCUCGCCGUCUUCGAGCGGAGGGACGACCUCAGUUCAAGUCGCUCUUCGUAUUCGACCCACUACCACUCAGGACACCAGCUCCAUUCCCGCUCGUUUUCAAAGGACAGUCAUUAACGCGAUCUCGCCAACAAGCGUCUCAGUAGAUGCGGUCUCUUCAACUCCGGCUUCUGUCGGUGCUAACACUGCAGCAACUGCACCUAUUUCUUCGGCAGCUGCGUCCAAGAAGCAAAUAUUCACAUUUGACCAGGUCCAUCCGCCUGCCACAACUCAGCAUGCUCUUUUCACUGCGACUGCUCAACCGCUCAUCUCGCGAUUCGUGGAAGGCUUCAACUGCACUAUUCUUGCCUAUGGACAGACUAGCAGCGGCAAAACGUUCUCCAUGACAGGUAUCGACUUGGACGCCGACCCGACAGAUCCUACAAAUGGCAUAGGAAUCAUUCCGAGAGCGGUUUCGACUAUUUUCACUCGUUGUAGAGAACGGAAGGAAGAGAAAGGCAGUGCUUGGAAUUAUAGCAUCAAGGGGUCCUUCAUUGAGAUCUACAACGAGGAUCUCAUAGAUUUGUUGAGUUUGGAUGAGGGAGGUGGAGGAAGACGCGAUGUGCUGAUCCGUGAAGACAAACAAGGUCAUAUCAUCUGGGAAGGUCUGCGCGAAGUGAAUGUGAAGAACUCCAAUGAAGUCAUGACGUGAGUUUUUCUUUUGAUGGUUUGAUUCGCAAAGGCACCUCUAUUCGUCGCACAAAUGAGACAGACAUGAAUGCACAGUCUUCUCGGUCCCAUGCGAUCUUCUCUUUGACUCUUACACAGAAGAAAUAUGUUGGUUCAGGCCCUCCGCCUCGUUCCUCCUCUCCGCUACCGCCUGGCGGUCGAUCCCCUUCUCGUCUUGCGCGACCUGGUUCCGUCUAUAGCGCUGGCGCUGCUGGGGGCCGUGUUUCAUCGCCCACAUUCGGCCGCCCACCAACUCCCAGUUUUACAGUUGCGAUGGGCCGCGGCGGUGCCAGACCUGCCAGUUCUCUUGGUCUACUCACUCCCGAUGGCGGUAGAGGUGCUCCUGCCAAGGAUGAUGAGGAGCAUGGUGAAUGGGUGACAGUUGUUUCUAAGUUUCACUUUGUCGAUCUUGCCGGCUCUGAACGUCUCAAACGCACGGCUGCAGCAGGCGAGCGUAUCAAGGAGGGCAUAUCAAUCAAUAGCGGUUUGCUCGCUCUGGGCAAUGUCAUUUCCGCUCUAGGAGAUCCUGCUCGUGCCAAAUCACACACAGCUUCUUACGUUCCUUAUCGCGACUCGAAACUAACUCGACUUCUGCAAGAUUCACUCGGUGGAAAUGCGCAUACACUCAUGAUUGCUUGCGUCAGUCCCGCAGAAUGGAACGCUGCAGAGACGAUCAACACAUUGAAGUAUGCUAACCGUGCUCGGAACAUCAAGAACAGAGCCGUCCUCAAUGAGAAGGAGGAAGGUUGGGAUGACGUCGAAUGGUUGCAAGGUAUGGUCACACGGCUCAGGAAGGAGGUCAAACAAAUCAAAGAGAACGGCGGUGUCACUAUCAACGCUACUACCGGAGCCGUCUCAGACCCUCUCGAAGGUGCUGGUAAGAAGGUUCUUGCUCAGAUGGCAGAACUUCAGAACAAUUACGAGGAUCUGCGCGAGAAGUUUGUAGAACGUACCGAGGAGCUCACACGCCUACGACGAGACCUCGCUGAAAAGCAGCGCUCUUCCAAAGGCGGCCAUAUUGGUGGAACAGCCAAGUAUGAAGAAAUCGUUGGUCCCGUUAUCGAGGAGUAUGAAAAGACCAUCAGCGCGAUGGAAGCUGAACUGAGCUUGAACCGUGCUGCACUCCGGCAUACGAAUGAGAUGUUCGAGGAGAAGGAGAUCGAGCUAUCGCAGCUUUCAGAACGACAUACUACCACUGAGAUGUAUGUGGAAGAACUUAGGUCACGCGUUGCUAAACUUACCGAGCGAGAGGCAUCUACGGAAGCAUACAUCCACGAUCUAGAGGAGAAGGUUAGACUCUACGACGAGUCCAACAUUAGCUCCAGCGGUUCUAUAACUGAUCUGAAGCGAGAGAUCAACAAGUACAGAGAUACCGAAACACACUCGACACAGUACAUUGCCGACUUGGAGGCCCGUCUUGCACGGUCUGACGAGUCUGUCCUUGCUCUUCGUGAGACUGUCGAGAGGCUCGAGCAAGAAUGCCAACGGCGACGCGAUGAAGCCGAAGCAUUCCAAGCUCGUUUGGAGGCUCUUACUCAAGACGGUCAGAGCUGGCGGAGUGAUUUGGAAGAGCGAGAGCGCAAGGUCCGUGCCCUGGAACAGAAGAUGGCGGAGUGGGAGGCGAAGAAGAAAGAAGCCAGCCAAGAUCGGGAUCGCUUGGGUGGGCUUGUUGACGAAGUUGCAAAGGCUCGCAAGGAUCUUGAAGUGGCUAGUGCCGCAAGUUCCAUCCUCGCACCAUCUGAAACAUCUUCUAUCAACGAAUCCGAUCGGUCUUUGGAGGCUCAGCUUCUGUCUCUGCAGCAGACCCAUACUGCCACCCUCGCUGAUUUAUCUUCCGUCACGGCUAAGUACCGCGACUCCUUGCGUGAAAUUGCCGAUCUUGCCGCUCAGCUCCAAGAAGCCAAGGUGAAUGCUCCAACUCCGUUGUCUGAGCUGUCUGAAUCCCCCGAGAGCUCGUCGGAGGCUUCAUUGCCUCGGAGGCGGUUAGCCAGAGGGACCUCUAAGGAUGGACUGGAUGUCCAAUACAACGGUACAGGUCGACGCCUUUUUUUCAGGCAGGCGGCCUCGGUAGAAUCUCUCCACUCGAGGUCACUUUCGCAAUCUGUUUCGCUAUCGCAGGAGCUUUCCUCAGCCAGAUCGCGCAAAGCCUCUAUCUCCAGUCACGGAACCAGUAGCUCAGUAUCGCAUUCACCUUCCCACUCGCAUUCGCAUUCUCGACCAAACCUCUCUAUCUCUCUCGGCGUUAAUCCCAAUGAGCGCUCUGUUUCGAGCCUGGAGCAGGAGAUCAUGCGUCUUCAAGAAGUCCUCAAAGAACGUGAGACCGAAAUCACUGCUCUGGAGAGUUCCUUGCGGGAGUCUGAGGCAAGAGGACGGGCAACUUCGCGAUCAUCAUCAAGUCAUUCGCCUGUAACACCAGUGAAUGGCGCGCAACCGCCAUUAUAUGUGAACGGCGGUGAUGUCACUCCUAAUGGCGAAUCUAAUGGCGACGCAACGUUACAUCUUUCGCCGAAAACUAUGAGCCAGUUCCAAGCUUUGAGACGUAGUAUGGAUUCAUCACAUAGUCAGGAAACUCCUGUUUCCGAUCCCGAUGAGUCCUUAGAUAGACUAAAUGAACUAAUGAGAUCUAUGGCUCAAAAGGAAUCUUCUCAUCGGGAAAUUGUUGACAACCUGAACACCGAGCUUGCCCAAGUGCGGAGGCAACACGAGGAGCUCACAGUUCUCGCCCGUGAUCAGACCUUGAACAUGUCGACCGAGAUCGAGGCUUUGCAGAGGAAGCGCCAAGAAGACCUCGCCGAAUUUGAACAAAUCAAGCAACGCGAAGCUGAUCUCGUGGAGUCUAUUAGGAAGGCGGAACUUGAUCAUGCUGCCUCUAUCGAGACACUCAAGGCGCAGCAUGAAGAGGCUUUGCAUGCCAAGGAGGCUGAAGUCGAUGCUUUGGUUUCUCGUCUCAAGGAAGAACACGAAGGCGAAGUUCGCUCGUUGCAUGAUCAGCUGUCUGGAACUAUCUCUUCUGUUGAAAAGGUGCAGGAGGAUCACAAGAUUGCUCUCGCUGAGUUGCAAUCAAAAGCUGAAGAAGUGUCUCGUCUGAAGGAAGAGCACGGAACGGAAGUCCAAACCCUGCGCGUACAGCUUUCUGAUGCUUCAGCAGCGUUAGAGAAGGCCCAUCAAGAGCACAAGGAUGCAUUCGGUGAACUUCAAUCGAAGCAUGAAGAGGAGCUCCGAAGCCGCGCUGAAGAGGUUAACGAAUUGCUGGAACGUACACGGAAGGAGCACGAAGAGAUUCUCUCCAUGACCAAAGCCGAGUACGAGCAGACCAUGAAGGAAAAGGAGGAGACUGCUGCUGCUACUCUCCAACGUACCGAGGAAGAGUACUAUGAGGCCUUGACCAAGCUCCGCAGUGAUCACGCUGCUGCUCUUGAGAAGCAGGCUGCAGAAGCUGCAACGACUUUGGAGCGACUGAAGGACGAGCACACCCGGCAAAUUCGCAUGGCCGAGAUCGCCCGUGAAGGGUCUCUUACCCAGUCGCAGUCCGCUCGUGACGUUGCCAUGAAAGAACUUCAGGAAGCCCACGCAUCUGCCAUCAUGCAAAAGGAGAGCCUAUUUGCGCAAGACUUGCAGAACCUUAAAGACGAACAUGCUCAGCUUAUCCAGACCAAGGAAGAGCAGCAUCGAAACUCUGUACUGCGUCUGAAGGCUGAUCAUGCCGCGGUGUUGCACGAGAAGGAGGCGGCGCUGGAAGAGAAACUCGAGCAACUCCAGAAGGAACACGAGAAGGCGUUGAAUGCUAAAGAGGCUGAGUUCGCCGCCUCUCUAGAGCAAGCGUCACAGGAUCGCCAACGGGAAGUUAGCCAAAUACAGGAGGAGCUGACGAAGCAAGUCGAAGAUUUGACUAGCGAAGUGGAGGUUAGUCAAGCCACGCUGGAGACUGCUAAAGCCGAGCAUGCGAAGGAAGUUGAAGAGGUUCUGCAGAACGUCAAGCAACAACAGACCGUCAUCCUUGCAGAGGUUGAGCGUUCGCAUGAGGAAGAACUCUUGAGGUUGAGGACAAUUCAUGAAGCUGCUCUGGACAGUUUUGCGAAGGAGGCUGAAGAGCAACGCUGUUUUCUCGUUGAAUCUCGUACGCAAGAGAUUCUCAAGCUCAAGACCGAGCAUCAGAAUGCUCUUGCUGAAGCCCAGGCCGAUCUCAUUGAUGCUCAAGAGCAACACCGUCAGGAACUACUCGAUGCUCAGUCACGGAGUGAGAAGCUUCUUGCCGAGGAGAAGGAUCGUCUCAAGAGAGUCGUUACCGAUCUUGAGGCCCAACAUGCUGCCGAGCGCGAGACUCUUCGCAAAGACCACGAACUUCUCCUGGAGGAAGUUGCGUCUUACAAAGCUGCUUCGGACGAGUUCGCGGUCACUCGCGAAGAGAUGCGUGCGAAGCACGAAUCAGCAUUGGCUGAGAAGACUGGUCUUAUCACGAACCUCCAGGAACAGCUUGGUGUAUCUAACGAGGAACGAGAUGGUCUUCAGGCCGAACUCGCCCAACUCCGUGCCGAGCUGGAAAGCACCCGAUCACGUACAAGUGAGCUUGUACGUGAAGCUUCCAAACGUGAGUCUCUCGUAGAGGAACUGGAGAAACAUCGGUCGGUCAUUGCAGAGAUGCAAGAAAAUCUGCACAAGACCAAGGACGAAAUGGAUUCGCUUCAAGCUGAGAAGCUGAGACAGGAAUCCAUCUUGCGAGAAUUGCAAGCUCAACUAACUAAUAGAAGUCCGUCGCCUGUAUCGAGACCUAUUGCCUCACGAGCAAAUGGACUUCCACCUGCGAAACUCCCACCAUUGUCGCCACCACCCGCAGUUCCGCCGCCACCUGCACCUAGAUCCAUGCACGAGACUCAUUCAAGCGCGACGUCAACUAUCUUGAGUGCGUCAUCAUCGCGGAGUGUCGAUUCCAUUGAGUCGCCAUCGACUCCAGCCACAUCUAUUCACCAGUCCUUUGCCAAUGGCGUGUCAACUCCAGCCAAUGUGACCCCCACUGCAACUGCGGCAUCUGAUAGCAAACUAAUGGCGCAAGUACGAGACCAGGCUAAGCAACUGGAUGAACAGGAGGCCAUGAUCAAGACGCUCAACAAACAGCUGUCACAUUGUGAGAGCGACCUGCAGGCACAUAUGGACAUGGUUGCUAGGUUGGAAACCUCUCUGGCAGAUUCUGAAAAGAACCUUCGUAAAGCCCGAAUGCAGGCGACCGAAAUGGCACGCGAACGUGAUAACUUGAACAAUCAGGUCACCGCAUUGCGCACCGAACUUCACGAGGCGAAGAACGAGGUCGUGUCGGUUCGUCGGUCGAUAGUGGAAGAGAAACAGUCGUUGGAGAGUCGAUUGGAUGAAGAGCGGCGAGCCAAGGAACGUGCUCGGGCGCAGUUGGACAGUCGAAUGGACGAACUUCAACGGAGAAAGUCAAAGUUCGCGUGUCUGUGAUGUUCUGUCGGAUCGUCGGUGCCGAUCGACGACUAGGCUUGGAAUUUCUCUUCUUUCCUUUCAAUCAUCUCUGGCUUCUUGGAUAUCGUCUCCCUAUCGCAUGUCUCGGCGUCGUCCCCGGUGGACAACUAGUCCUUCUGUCCCUUCAUCGACUCGUCCCUUGCAUCGUUGUCCUCGGUCAAAUUUUCCUCGUUUCUUCUCACUUUCGUCAUUGCCAGGUUGGAUGUGUACAUUCUGAUAAUUUCUCUCUCUGACGUCUUCGGACGUUUUCUAAUUCACUGUCGAUCAUCGUUUUCUGUUUUGCGUUUAAGCGUUGUGUUCGUUGAUUUAUUCUCGAUUAGUAGUAUACCUUGAUACUAGUUUAUAGCUACUUGCUCGGCUCCUGCGUUGGGAUACCCCUCACACUCUUUUUACCCUCAUCCAUAUGAUCCCCCAUCCUGUAGAGUCUUCAAAUUUCCAUGAGAUAUGCUAGCUACGUUGCCAUAUAGAGAGCCAAGGAUAUUGCACCGAAUAAGACCGAUCGAAAAUG